CACCCCUCUGCACUUUAACUCCUUCUUGCUUAACAUCACACCCCCUGCUUUCUUUCUUGGGAAGGAAACCUGCAUUCCAGCUCUUUGCCACCUCUAUGUGCCUGUAAGUCAUAAAGUCACUGUUGGUCCCCCCACACCCACAGACUUUGAUAAAGGAAGAGAAGGAGGGAGCACAAAUAUUUUUCCAUUUUUUCUUUAUCCUCCUGCCACGUCCUCCCAACUUCCUGAGGAGUCGAUCCCUCCCACAAACAGGCAGUUAGCUGUGACUGCCAUGCAUGGGAACUGAGAUGACUGCUGGCUAAUCCCAGGUCUGAAGUUCCUCAGACACUUCAGGAAUGUCGGGUGCCUGAGGGUGGCGUUGGCAUGGCAGGGCUGGAACACCAAUGGCAAACCGGGAGACACCGACAAGCUGGCUGUGAUGCAAUCCAGAGGAUGGAGGAUUCUGAUUGAUGAAUCCCUUGGCAUGAUGAAAUAAUCUCUUUGAUUAACAGAAGAACCAAAAUGGGUCUCAGGUCGACUACCCUCGUUUUAGCAGCAACCAGCUCCUUGCUGGGCGGGCUUAUAUUCGGAUAUGAGCUGGGUAUCAUUUCUGGGGCCUUGCUUAUGCUGAAGACUGUGUUCCAACUGACUUGUUUUGAGCAGGAGGCGCUUGUUAGUGCUGUUUUGUUUGGGGCUCUGCUGGCCUCUCUUAUUGGUGGCUUUAUCAUUGACCGCUCAGGACGUCGGACCUCCAUAAUGGGCAGCAAUCUUGUGGUGUUGGCUGGCAGCAUCAUUCUCAUAGCAACUUCAUCUUUUUGGUGGUUGGUAGUUGGACGGGUCACUGUUGGAUUCGCCAUAUCUAUCUCCUCUAUGGCAUGUUGCAUUUACGUCUCUGAAAUUGUCCGCCCCCACCAGCGUGGCACGCUCGUGUCUCUGUAUGAAACAGGCAUCACCGUUGGCAUCUUGAUUUCCUACGCCAUGAACUAUUUCCUGUCGGCUGUUAACGACGGCUGGAAAUAUAUGUUUGGGUUGGCCAUCAUCCCUGCUGCUUUUCAGUUCAUCGUCAUUCUCUUCCUUCCUUCCAAACCCCAUACAUUAAACUUUUGGGAGCAAGAUUCAGACAACGGCUUCAUUGAACUGGAGGAAGCCGGAGAAUCAGGCGAGUUCAAACCCGACACGUAUGACAAACAGUACACGUUUCUUGACCUCUUUCGCUCUAAGGACAAUAUGAGAACAAGGACACUCCUUGGCCUUGGGUUGGUGCUUUUCCAACAGUUUACAGGCCAACCCAAUGUACUUUACUAUGCGUCAACGAUAUUUCGCUCAGUGGGCUUCCAAAGCAACUCUUCGGCCGUCUUGGCAUCCGUUGGGCUUGGGGUGGUGAAAGUCGCUUCAACAUUAAUUGCUAUAUGUUUUGCAGACAAAGCUGGGCGGAGAAUUUUACUUUUAGCUGGCUGCAUCGUGAUGACUAUCGCCAUUUCUGGAAUUGGGAUUGUUAGCUUCACGGUCAAAUUGGACUCCCACAGGGACUGUGGAUCUAUAAGAAGCAAGAAUACGUCCUAUGGAGAUUCCAAUGCUUCUCAAUUGCUUGGGAUUAUUCACGCUGGGACCCCAACCAUAAAUACAAUGGAUAAUUCAGCCCACCAGCUGGCCAUGGUGAUUCAAUCCCCAUCCUUAUCAAACAGUGCCGGUAGCAAGCACACAGCUUCAAUGUUCCCGAAUUCCACAGUGCCCCCUGCUGGCCCAGAUUCUAAUUAUGCCAUUUUGAACUGGAUAACUUUGUUGAGCAUGAUGGCGUUUGUUAGUGCUUUUUCCAUUGGAUUUGGUCCAAUGACCUGGUUAGUGCUGAGUGAAAUCUAUCCAGCGGACAUCAGAGGGAGAGCAUUUGCUUUCUGCAACAGCUUCAACUGGGCUGCCAACUUGCUCAUUACUCUUACCUUCUUGGAAGUUAUUGGUUCUAUAGGUCUGGGCUGGACUUUUUUGCUGUACGGUGGGGUGGGCCUCCUGGCCAUUACCUUCAUCUACUUCUUCAUUCCUGAAACCAAAGGACAGUCCCUGGAAGAAAUCGAUCAACAGUUGUCAGCGAAAAGUCGCUUAAAGCCAGCUAACCAGGAAGUGAGUGGCGCAAUGGAGAAGCGUUUCCCCCAGGCCUCAGGAAAACAGCACAUGCAAUAACAUGUUAUCAAGGAUAUCAAAGAGAAGAGAAACAUCUAAAGGCGUUCGAAAGAGACCAUCCACUGGCCCUCCAUACCAAAGAGUAGGAAAAUCAAACUGGACUUAAACGAUUCUGGUGGAUUUGGAAAGUCAACAAUUAUAGGUCAAGUGAAGUAAUUGAUCCACAAGAAGAGUGGACAAUGUGGGAUACUAAAGGGAAUCUGGUCAAUUGUUUGUCCAAAGACUUUCUUGGCUUGUUUUUAAUGUAGAAUCAAUGUUUUUUUACGGUUUUCUUAGAACUUUUCAUGAACAGACAUCUUUAGGUCUUCCUAUGAGUCUGUCUUAACUGCCUUGAUAGUCUAGUCACCUGAUGCCUUGGAAAUAAGCAAUAAAGGGACAAAAGAGUGACGAGUUUGGAAUAGGCUUUAGAGAAUAGAGAAAAAAGCCCAUAUUAAACCUGAGAUUCUCUUAUUGGCACUUCUCUCAGCCUUUAGCCUUGUGCUUGUUAAAUGAACAAUAAACCUCUCAUAACAGAGCUUUUGCACCAAAAUUGGACUUCAGAUCCAAGCACGUAACAACAUACUAUUAAGGGUAAAGCUUUUAGGGAACUUUUAAGGAGAGCAGGGGCUGGGGGAGGUGAAAGCAGUGAGCAAAGGAGGCUUAGGGGCACAAGCAGCUAGUCUAGGGACGCCCUACUAUCAUAGAUGCUCAGGAAUGCAGGAAAUUUAAUGUGAUAUAUGAGGGUUGUAACUUGAAAGAUAAAGGGGCUGUGGGAAAAUCAAGAUUAAUGUGGAGUUUAACUUUCCCUUUAAAAGAGCACAUGUUUACAAGAUAUUUGACUGUCACAGUGAGAAUCUGAAACAUCAAGUGGUCCAGUUUGUAGAUUUUUUUUGUUUUGUUUGGUUGGAAUUAUAAGGGACUUGAGGGGGUAAUGUCAUAAGAUGCAAAGUUUACGCUCGGUCUAGUAACUGGUAGCAACCAAUCGUAUGCUGGCUUUCAUAUGCUACCUGCUGCAUGGUUGCUAUGGGCUACAACUGACUGGUGCAAAUACUGCCCCUUAUGUUGCAUAAUCAUAUUUCAGUGUUAGAAUAAUGUAAGGCAUAAGAAGAUUUUCUUUACUUUUUAUUACCGUAUUACUAUUAUUAUUUGACAGUUUGUUUUUAAGAGGGAACUGCUCUUGAUUGGUUAUAUAUUUGCUAUCGGCACAGGCCGUGCCAUUAUUUAAUUUAAUUUAUUUCUGCCACUAUAUAACACGAUGAUGAUGAUGGCGAUAUUAUGUCAAAAUAGAGGAUUCCUAUUAAAGUGCCAUAGCGUUUGUACCUACAAUUUAGCUUUUUUUUUUUAUUUUAAUUAAAAAUAAACCCAAUAUUGCUCCCUUUUCAUCUCCAA